CCAUCCAGGCUACCAGAACACCCCGAUUCGAUAAAUAUGGAAACCCAAUCUCGUCUCAACUCGCGCGAUAGAGUGGGGAAGGCUAAUAACUCUUGAUUAGUGUCCACACGCACAAACUUCAGCACAUUUGUCUCAAGUAAGAUCCGUGUUGUAUAGCUGAAAAUGAAUAAGAGAUAUUCGACCUGCUGGGUAGUGAAAAUUGUCCUGCGACGUUAGUCAAAAGAACAAAUCCUACGGCCAGUCGAAUACCCUCAGCGCCACAAUGAAGAUCACACUCCAACAACUCACACUCCUCGCCCUGCAAGGUCUACACCAAGCCAACGGACACUACUUUGGUCCAAACUGGGACUACUCAGGCGAGACCGCAAUGUGUGGCCGCAACGCUACACUCCCUCUCUUCGGCAUCGAAACGCUCAAGCUCGAGGCAGGCAGUACUAUUGGGUUUGCGGCGAUGUCAUUGCGCGAUGAGAAGGAGCAUGAGAAUCUCGGUGAGAUGAACUUCACGAUCCCGGCAUCGACACCGCCUGGGAAAUAUCUCUUCCGAGCGGAGCACUUGAACAUCAACUCCGCGUAUAAAGUCACCGAGAUGUACAUCAACUGCGCGCAUAUCGAAGUUACGGGAUCAGGAUCAGGGACGCCUGGACCGGUUACCAAGUUUCCUGGGGCUUUCGAUGCUAGAGAUCCUGGUAUUUGGUUGCCUGGUCCGAUGAUGAGACCUGUGGAGCCGUUGGAUGAGCUAAAGAAUUGGCAGGGUGCUGGACCGGCAGUCUGGCGGGGGUGAGAAGGAUGCGCAUAUCUUACUUUGUAGCCGACCUGGAAAUAAGAAAAGACUAAUUGAAUUAAGGAAUUGAAGACUAU